AUGAAUCGAUCAAAUACAAGUCAAAAUCUGCCUGAAAAUUAUCAUAGAUACUAUAAUUCCACAAUUCAAUCUUGUUUAGAGUUGUUUAAACGAUGGUUACCAGAUGCAAAAAUAUUUUUUUAUAUUUAUAAAUUCAUUGGUCCGGCAUUCAAUGUACCACUGACAUAUGAAGAAAAAAGUAAAAUUAUUAUAUUAUUAGAAUUUUUUCGUAAAUGGAAACAUUUAGCCAUAGAAAGUAAUAAAAUUACUUAUAACGUACAUAAAUGCAUACAAAAAAUAUUACCUUCUCGAGUGGAUCACGAUUAUGUGCCGGCAUUUAAACUAAAUUUUUGGUCGACAAUUAUACAGGAAAACUUUUUAAAACGAUUUGAAAAAAGUCGACCUGAUUUAUAUGAACAUAUUAAAACCAUUCACACACAUCUUGUACCGAAAUGGUCCGAAACAAAGGAAACACUUGCUGAUCAAGAACUGGAAUUUCGUUAUUCAUUUUCAGUUGUUGAAAUUAUAUUAGCAGAAAAACGAAGUCCGAACGGCCUGGCCAGCUAA